UCCUAUACUUCAAAUUAAUUGCUCUGUUUUAGAAGCAAAGCGCGUGCCUUUCUUCUUCUUCACCCUCCCGCGCUCUCUCUCUCUCUCUCUCCUUCAAUCUCCCAGCACCAAGUUGUGAGUCCAAGCAAACUGCAAGUUUCUCGGUUCGUUUCGUUUAUUUUGUUGGUACGUUUCUCUCUGUCCUGUCUCGCACGUCAAACGUUUGCUCUGCAAAGCAGCCAUGAGUUCAGACUAUCCAAUCGAACCCACAACGUAUGAUCUUAUUGUGAUCGGAACAGGCCUCCCUGAAACAGUCAUUGCCGCCGCAGCCACUGCUGCCGGAAAAACUGUCCUCCAAAUUGACCCCAACGACUUUAACGGCAGCCACUUUGCCUCUCUUCCCCUCCAACAAUUCACCUCCUUCCUAAAUUCCCAUUUUACUGCUAAAAACCCUACUUGCAGCGGCCAUGCUCAUGAUCACCAUGAUUUUGUGGCCUUAGAGCUCAUCCCACGGCUGCUAUACUCCGACAUUGAAACUACCAACUAUGCCCCUGAAAUCCCUUCUGCGGAUAAAUUCAACAUCGACCUUGGCGGGCCCAGGCUUUUGUUCCAUGGUGACAAAGCCACUGACUUUAUUAUCAAAUCCGGUGUCGACCUAUAUGUGGAAAAUGGGAUCUUGAAAUUCAAACGCAUCGAUGGAGUUUGCGUUUUUUAUGAGAGCAAUGGGAAGUUACAUAUCUUUCCAUAUUCAAAAGGAGAAGUAUUUGUGGACGAGAGCCUAAAGCUUGUAGAGAAGUCCAAGUUGAGGAGUUUCAUCAAGCUUGUUCAGCAGCAAGACGAAGAAUGGAGCCAAAUUUUUAGUGAAACUUUCAAGAUUUCGGAGGAGGAUUUGGAGAGCCCUUUUGUUGAUUUCUUAGAUGGAAUGCAGUUGUCAGCCAAGAUUAAGUCGUUUAUUCUGUACAUUGCCAUGGUAGAUUAUGAUGAAGAAAAUUUCAACUUGGAAGUUUGUAAAAGUAAUCUGAAGACAAGAGCUGGGAUAGAGUGUUUAGCACUUUACGACAAAUCGAGGUCUGAAAAUGGUCCUGGCCCUUGGAUUUAUCCUAAGUAUGGUCAUGGGGAUUUAUUAGCUUUCUUUGGCCGUCGUGCGGCUGUUAAAGGUUGCAUUUGUGUAAGUUCAAUGACUGCUGUGCUUAUGGACAAGGAUAGUGGGAAAUAUAAGGGUGUUAGAUUAGCUUCAGGUCAGAAUUUGUUUAGUCAUCAGCUAGUUUUGAAUCCAGCCUUCACCGUCCCAUUGGCACCAGCUCCAUCUCCACCAGACUGUCUGAGAGAAGGCCUUCAAGGUUUAAGUCUUAAAGAUACUAAAGGAAAGGUGGCAAGGGGAAUAUGCAUCACAGCCAGUUCUGUGAAGCCAAAAACAUCAAACUGUUUGCUUGUAUAUCCUCCUAGAACUUUGUACCCUGAACAGGAUACCUUAAUCCGGGUUAUCCAAAUAGCCGGCGGUUCGGGAAUGGAUGCUUGUCCAAAGGGCAUGUUUGUGUUGUAUUUUUCUGCUUUAUGUAAUUGUGCGGAACAAGGGAAAAGGUUGCUACAUGCGGCCAUGAAUUCUCUUCUCACACUUCCUGGUCCUGGAAAUCCUGAAAAUGGUUCCACAGUUGAAAGUGAAGAUGCACAAGUAAAAGUGAAACCCAACUUACUUUGGAGCACAUUGUAUAUUCAGGAGCUGUCUAUGGAGCAACAUGAACAUCUCAUUUCAACUCCCAUGCCAGAUGGAAAUCUCAGCUACGAUGGUCUGUUAGAUGCAGCUGUGGUGCUUUUCCAGAAGAUGUAUCCAAAUGAAGAAUUCUUUCCGGAGACACCCUCGCCUGGGAAUUUGGAGGAUGAUACUCCGAUUAAUGUAGAGGACUAAGAGUUUGUUUGCUGUACUCAAAUAAGUGUGUACAGGUGAUGCUUGUAUUUCUUCCAUUGUUCACCCUUUAUAUGGUGAGAUAGAAAGAGGUUGGUACCAAAUUUCUUCAAGACAAGUUUCAGAGUCUCUAUGAGAGAAUCUUCGAACUUUCAAUCUUUCAUUACCUGUGCAGAAAACUAUUUGCAAACUUUUUAAGAAAAGGAAAGUCAUCAUUUUACA